GCCGCUUGUUGAGGGAGACGCUCCCAGAGGCCCUUUGCCUCGGUGCGCUCUUCAAGUCGGUCUCUCGGCUCACUCUUGGAAUGGCUGGUAUGGGGCUGGAAGGAGGCUGCCGUGGGGAAUGCAUCUAUGUAUCUACUCUGCCUCGGUGCUUGCGGAUCAGUUUUGUAAUGCCAUUGGAGUAUUGCAGCAAUGUGGCCCACCUGCCUCCUUCAGUAACAUUCAGACAGCAAUAAACAAAGAUCAGCCAGCUAAUCCUACAGAAGAAUAUGCUCAGUUAUUUGCAGCAUUGAUUGCACGAACUGCUAAGGAUAUUGAUGUUCUAAUAGAUUCAUUACCUAGUGAAGAAUCAACAGCUGCUUUGCAGGCUGCUAGUCUGUAUCGGUUAGAGGAAGAGAACCAUGAAGCAGCUGCUCGUCUGGAAGAGGUGGUUUAUCGUGGGGAUAUGCUACUAGAAAAGAUACAGAGUGCUCUAGCAGAUAUUGCUCAAUCACAGCUGAAGACCAGAAGUGGUACUCACACCCAUACUGUUCCAGAUUCAUAGCAGCAGGGGGCAGCAUUUUGCUGCAAAAGUGAACUAUUAGAGUGUGAAUGAAGUCAUAUUUUUUUAAAACAAAGUUUUGUAUAAAACACUUACAGUAAUAUUGAGCCAUAAUGUUGUGUAAAUAUUUUGAGUGCACUGAUUAUGGUAAAAGCGUGUCACUUGUCAAAGCCUAAAAAUCUUGAUAUAUAGACUGAAGUUUGGUAUGAGAAGCAUUUAUAAACUAAGAAUUGGAGUUCAUGUUGCCCCAACACUACAUAUUUAAUGCUUUCCCUUUAUUUAAAAAAACUAUGAGUUUAGCUUCUCUUAUGCAUGGAAGUGCAUCUGGUGGGCUGUCAUCUGAACAGUGUCAAUUUAUAUAUUCCUUCUGGGGAAUAAGGGAAAAUACUUUGCAUAUUUUGGUAACCUCCCUUUCCUCUAAAUCCCAAGGCUAGAUUGAUCAUAGAAAUCUUUGCAGUAAAGAAGUAUCUCCUGUAAAAGUCUCUCAACAAAAUAAGACAAAGUGCUGUGCAUUCUGAAGUCGUUCCUAUGCUCACCUCCUGCAUUGCUGUAUUAAAUUGCCAUUUCUGCUGUGACACUUUGGAAAUCUUAUUAAUUGACUGUAUUUUAUCUUUGGCUGCAAGCUAACAUGCGGUUUUCAUGCCAGCUGUAUCCCGUUAAUAUUUAAGAAGAAGGAUCAAGUGUCUGUCAGAUUUGUGGCUUACAAAUGGGUCUGUGGAGCCGUAGUGAUUCUUGAUGCACUUGCUAGUUCCCUGCAGGCUGCUAGCAGGUAAUAUGGAGUUGGCUCUGCCCCUUUACUUUAGGCUGCUUCUGCAGAUGCCAGUUUUCUCAUGACAAACAACGUAUCUGUAAUAGCAGAUGCUAAUGAGAGGUGGGAGGUGGGGACCGCUGGUUGUAGUUGCAUCAGAAGAGUUGAGGGGGAAAAAACAAAAGGCAGUGAUAGAAGAGCUGACACUAUCUUCUUUCCUAAUAUUGCCCUUCUAUGAAAAGGGGUAGUCCCUGAAAUAAGAGUUCUUUCAUACUGAAAAACAAAAAGUGCUCCAAACAGUGGGUUUGAUUUAAACACCAUGAGCUUUUAGGGGUGUUUGGAUCAAUAUUUGAACUUUGUGGCAUAAUUAACAGAGUGCACCCUUCCUCCUUAUCAGCCAAAAUAUUUUACUUUGGCCAUUUUGUUGUUGAAGAUAGACUUGCUUCUCUUGAAGUUUGUGUGUAUAUAGUCUGCUCAUUUUCCUGAUUCAAAUUGUUUAUCUGUAUGUACUGGGAAAAAUUUCCCUAAUAUACAUGGAACUGUUAUGCUUCUAUUGUGUUCAGUUGAUCUGAAACCAUUUGAACUUGUUUUUUGGCAAGCUACCAGUGGCAAUGCAUUCAAAGAGCCUUACACCCAUUACAUUUUGCUGUAAAAGAAAGAGUGGAGCAGGACAUAGAACACACCUUGUACAAACAGUCUGGUGUUCUAAAGAGGACUUUCCCAAUCUAAUUAUACAAAGGGGUAAGUACUUCUAUUUGUUGCUAAAACUGAAACUUUGGAUUUAAUCACAUUUAUAUGAAAAACUUCACUUGCUAUUUUGAGACUCCUGCAAUACUUAGAUACAAAGAUGAAAGGAAGCAUGGUCUUAUUCAGGUAGAAGUUGGGCCUGUGUUGUGAUCCCAGCUGUGCCAUGGCUUCUUGUAUCUCUUAGUAAGUCACUGGAGCUCAUCUUUCACAAAUAUGUACUAAUUUUGGGUGCUGACUUUGAGGGCUUGACUUUUUUCUUUUUUUAAAAAUAGAUGUCAGACACCAAUUGUAAUUGAAGUCAUGGGAGCUGUGUUCACCAAAUCUAAAAAAGCAUGUUUAUGUCUCAAGUUGCGUGCCUGCAUGUGAAGUACCUUAAUUUAGUGAACACUUAUCUUGGAG